CUUCAGCAAACAUGCAAACCAUCCCCCGGACAUUCACGCGUACUUGUCGUGUCUCCAGAUCGACCGCUUUACUGUCUCGAUUUAAUCAUACCCAGUCGCCAGUGCCACCGCCACAACCAACUGCUACGUCCUCACAGCCUGGAAGCUCCUCAUCCACAACGCAUUUUGGCUACCGUACCGUUGCUUCUGAAGAAAAAGAGAACCUCGUCAAGAAUGUGUUCUCCUCUGUGGCAUCCUCAUAUGAUGUUAUGAAUGAUGCUAUGUCUCUGGGUGUUCAUCGGCUAUGGAAGGACGACUUCAUCAAGCUUCUUCGACCAGGAAGUAAGGGCCCCGCGAGGUGUAUGGACGUCGCAGGUGGAACAGGGGAUAUUGCGCUGAGGAUGUUAGACUGGGCAAGGGAGACGUAUGCGGAUAGAGAGACCAGAGUCGAAGUUGUAGACAUCAAUCCUGAGAUGUUGAAGGAGGGUGAGAGGAGGUUCAAGAAGACGAUGUACUACAACACAUCGCAGAUAUCUUUCCAUGAGGCCAAUGCACAGGAGCUGCCGCCCGAAAGGUUCCCCUCGAACUCGUACGACUUGUACACCAUCGCUUUUGGCAUCCGGAACGUCACGUCAAUACCAGACGUGUUGAAGGAGGCACACCGGGUAUUAAAGCCGGGAGGAACGUUUGCAUGUCUGGAGUUCAACAAAGUCACAAAUCCUAUUCUCGGCCAGCUCUACGACCAAUAUUCCUUCUCUGUCAUCCCUCUCCUGGGAACCAUCCUCGCUGGUGAUCGCGAGUCCUACCAGUAUCUGGUAGAAUCGAUACGGAAGUUCCCCAGUCAGCAGGACUUUGCAAGGAUGAUUGGAGAGGCGGGCUUCGCUACGGGUGGGAAUUUCGAGGGCGACGGCGGCGCAUGGAGAGACCUUUGGGGCGGAAUCGCUUGCAUUCAUACCGGCGUCAAAAUAUGAAUGCGUCAGCAUUUCCUAGAGUUUGUUCUGCGCUACCUUAUAUAUAGUAUCUUGGUACACUGGGUGCCCAAC